AUGAAUAUAUUUCGUCUAUCAGCAGAUUUGAUGCACUUGGCAUCCAUUUUUAUACUUUUGCUUAAAAUCAGAAAGACAAAAUCAUGCAUUGGUAUUUCAUUUAAGUCACAAUUGUUGUACUCUGUUGUCUUCUUAACAAGAUAUCUGGAUUUGCUCUUUAAGCAUAUCUCCAUCUACAAUACUGUCAUGAAAGUCUUUUUUAUUGGUUCUUCGCUCUAUAUUCUCUAUUUAAUGCGAUUCAAAUACCAAGCUACUUAUGAUGCUAGUCUAGAUACCUUUCGCAUUGAAUAUUUAUUAGUAGGAUCUAUUAUUAUGGGCGUUGCGUCUACUUAUAUCUACACUGUAAUUGAGAUAUUCUGGAGUUUCUCAAUCUGGCUUGAAUCUGUUGCUAUUUUACCCCAAUUGUUUAUGUUACAGAAAACAGGAGAAGCAGAAACGAUUACUACACAUUAUCUAUUUGCAUUAGGUGCAUAUAGAACGCUUUAUUUGUUCAAUUGGAUCUAUCGUUACUUGGAUGAAGGUUAUACAGACUGGGUUGCUUGGGUUGCUGGUAUGAUUCAGACAGCACUUUAUAGUGACUUUUUCUAUAUUUAUUAUACCAAAGUACUCCAAGGCGAGGAAUUUAAGUUGCCAAAGUAA